AUGGCCGCCCAGUCUAGACAUGUGACCCCACUGCGGUGCUGGAAAGAUGAAGACGGAGGUCCUCUUCAUUUUCCUCACUAUAUGUUGUUUGUAGGAGGAGCUGAAAAGAAAAAGAAAAACAGGAAUAGAUGUAGAGAGGAGGAUAAACAGGCAGGGGAGAAAGUGUGGCUGGCCACGUCUGAUAGAGAAAGAGAAGAAGGAGGACGUAUUGGUGGUUUUUCAGCUGAAAGAGGAGCGAUGAUGGGGACGGAAGUGGGUCUGGUUUUACCAGGUUUCGUUGGGAGCUCACAGUUGGAGGAAAGUCCACCGUAAGGACUCUCUCUUUCCUCUGACCACACGGACACCUGGACUCCGUCCAUCUGGUCGUCCUCUUCCUCCUCUCUGGCCUGUCUCUCUCCUCCUCUUCCUCCGUCACUGGGGCUGGAAGGCGUGCUGGCAGAGCAGCGGCUGGUUCUGGACGUGUAUCGUGGCGGAGGAGAGGUUCUCCCUGUGUUUUGGGAGUGUGCUCAGAGAGGCCUGCAGUACCUCAGACUGGGAUCAGAGGACGAGGGGGCGCUAAAGAGAGCACUGAGUGUGCUGCCCCGACUCACACAACUGCGCUCUCUGACUAUCAGAGGACACCGUUUCCAUGAUCCUCAGGGUGAGCCUCUCCCCGGGCUGCUCUCCUCUCUUCCUGACUCUGUCUCUUCUCUGUCUCUCCUCGUUCACCUUGAUCUCUCCUUCAACUGUCUCUCCUCUCUUCCUCCAUGUCUCCUGUCUCUCUCUCGUCUCUCUGAGCUGCUGCUGUGUCAUAAUCGGCUGAGGGGUCUGCCGGAGGGUCUGGGAGCGCUGGUGUCCCUGCGGCGCGUGAGUCUGCUGGGGAACAGGCUGGUGGAUCUGCCCCAGGGUGUGAGCCUCCUCUGCAGGCUGGAGGAGCUGGACGUGUCCUUCAACCAGCUGGAGAGACUUCCAGAUGAACUCGGCCAACUUAAGGACUUACAGAAACUAGAGCUGUCCAAUAACAGGCUCAGAGCACUGCCGGAGACUCUGGGGUCUCUCCACUCUCUGAGGAAGCUAGUACUCCAGAGUAAUGAUCUGAGGAGUGUUCCUGAAUGUUUGUGCUCCCUCCCACUGCUUGACAAACUGGACUUGAGGAACAACCCACUGGGUCGACCGCAAACACCCCCACGGAUCGCCCAUGUGACCCCAGUUAUGGAAGAAUCUGAGAUCCCAGAGCUGCACCUCGGAUUUCAUCAACACAGUUUUCAAGUAUCACCUGCUGGCUGUCACUUGUUCCUUCCUGGAGGGGCGGAGCUCUUGUUUCCACGGAGAUGCGUAAAUGCAGUAACACAUCUCCAGUGGGCAGAGAAGAGACCAGACAGGAAGUGGGUGUGGUUAGAGGAGCAUGACAUCCUGUUGAGUCAACAGCUGGAGCUCCGCCCACACGGAGCCACAUUUGAUAAGCUGGUAGAGGUGUGUAUCCCGUAUCACAAAGCACGGAAAGGUGAUGCUGCGGUUCGCAGGUUUGAUGGUCAGUCCUGGACGACACUACCCACCCUGACCAGAAGGGGAAGUGAGAAACACAGCUGCAGGCCGGGGGGACGUCCAGCGCGGUUGGCCUACUGCAGUGUGGCACAGUUCUCGUGGUUUGUGGCCGUCUCGCUUCCUUUCCUGGGCAGUUGCUCUGUGUCUCCAGACGGGGCGCUGCUGGCGUCUCAGUUUGACCCGGGGAUUAAACUCACUUUCCCUCCGGAGUGCACAACCGAGACACGUACGACACGAUCACAAUGCAGGUCUGUCCUGCAAGUGGCACUGUCUGAAGUGCAGGAACUGACCGGAGACCCUCAUGCGAGUGCCAGCCCACUGUUGAGUCUCUCUCAAACUCCCAGCAUGCACUUCAUUCAGCCAAUCAGAGUGCAGAUUCCUCUUCCACCUGGAGUGACUGGACACAUGGUGGACAUGUCCCGUUUGCACCUAAUGCACUGUGACCCUACGGCCCACACCUGGACUGACAUCACCGCUCAGGUGUCGCAUCAUGUCACGCAGAUCUACGUCGUUUUCUCCAAAAACUUCUCAUGGUACUGGUUGUGGUACACCACUCACAGGUGUGUUAGCGGGGUCGUCAGGAAGAUGUAUCACCGCUUGAAACAGUUGCGGGUUUGAUUUCUGGCACUACAGAGAAAAAAUGACCCAGAGCAAGUUUUGCUGCAGUGCCUGCCAUCGGACAGGGCUGAAAGCAGGUUGGUGUCUCUGUCGGAGCAGUAUGAAGGUCCUCAGCCGUCGGAGUUGUGCGUCCUGCUGGAGGGAGAGCAGUUUUUUGCCAGUUUUGAGAGAGGCAUUGACAUCAAUGCAGACCGUCCGGACUGUAAAGAUGGCAGACUUUCAUUCAACUUUUACUCUCACCUGAAGAACAUUAAAGAGGUGCACGUGUGCCCGACCCACCCACAGCAGGGCACAGUGAGAGGACAGGUGUCAUUUUACCGCGGUGAAGAGCCCAAUGAUCUUCCAGAGGAAGUGCGAGUAAGAAAAGGUCAUGACAACCAGUGGAUGGCGACGCUUCCUCUCCGGAUUUCUCCAUCUGGGACUCUGCAGGAGACGGUACACACUCAUACUCAUGCAUGCACGCUCACACUGGUGGACAGUGGUAGGCGGGACUUGGUGGAGGAAGUAGAGGACAUUGUGACUCUGGGGAAGAGGAAGUAUGAAGAAUCAUUAAAGAGAGUCGGACUAGAGACAGCAGCCAGCUCUGGAGACCCUCAGUCCAGCUGACACACGCUCACAUUGUGACAUAUAAACUCCCACCAGCAGCACUGCAGACCAACAGUGACACACACAGACAGAGAGACAGUACAGUCUCUGGGUCUCAGAGCAGCUGUCUGUCUGAAUGAUGUCUUCAUUAGAUGUUUGUCUCUCUCUCCUGUGCCUCUUCAGCUCACAGUGACCCGGAAGAUGUGAUUUAUUUGUAGUGAGACACAAUGCUGCACACGAGUCAUCCGUACUUGUUACAUGUUCUUAGUGUUUUAACCAAGAAACAAUUAAAAAAUAUUUU